UUUUAUGGUUUCACCGUCACGCGUGAGAUACAAGUAAACAAAAAAUUCGAGUUUUGUAAAUAAAUAUUCAUUAAGACAAGGCAAUGAGGAAGCGAGUUCUGGUUGUAGGAGCUGGGGCUGCUGGUACAGCGGCUGCAUACAGUCUGGGCAAACAUCCUGACAAGUUUGAAGUGGAAAUAUGGGAGAAAGGAUCUGUUCCUGGUGGAGCUGCAGGAACAGCCAGUCUACAGGAACAGAGAGGAACUUAUGUGAACUAUGGUGUGCAAGGAGGGACACCUACAUACAGAAACACGAUGAACCUGCUGCAAGAACACGGUUUUGAAACACAUCCUGUUUACAUGAUGAUUUCCUUUGGAAAGAAUGAUACAGCCUGGACCAACUACACUGAUUCCGAUCUCACAAGGAGGCUUUGCACUGAUAUCGCUCGAUUUGAAAAGACUUUAAAACUUAUAAAUAGAUUUGAGGCGUUAUUUAUAUUCUUACCGAUAUCCAAAGUUUUGAAAUGGUUUGGAUAUUCUGAAGAGUUUAUGAAUCUGAUGGUAUUUCCACUCACUGCCUUGUUUUUUGGAACCGGGAACCAGACACCUAAUGUGUCGUCUGCUAUCAUGGCGAGAGUUUUCCUCGAUGAUGAUUUAUGUUUGUUUGAUUAUGACACGGAGAGGUUGCUGAGUCAGACUCCAGAAAUGUUUGCCUUCCCAAAUCUUGAACAGAUGUAUGAGACAAUAAUUUCAAAAUCUGGUACCAAGUUUUUCCGAAAUAAACCAGUCAAAACUGUAGCAAGAAUGAAUGGGAAAGUACAUGUUACAGAUAUGAAAGGAAAUGUUGAAGUAUUUCAUGAGAUUAUAUUUGCAUGUGAUGCUGAAACAGCCCUCGGAACAUUGAAAGAUCCAAGUUUUAUGGAAUUGCAGACACUGGGAAACGUCCAAUACUUCAAUGACCUGAUCAUCACUCACGAGGAUGAAGAGUAUAUGAACAAACAUUAUGAGCUUCAUAAGGACAGGGAUCAGUACUUGGUUCGUACAGAUGCGGACGACCCGUCAAAGAUUGAAAUGUCAUUUGAUUUGUCCAACUAUCAGCCACAAUUGAAGAAGAUACGUGAUAAAAAGCAGCAUGUUUAUCAGACAAUUUAUCUGGAUGACACCUGUUCCGAUAUCUGGACACUGAACAAAGUUGAUCCAAAUAAGAUUAUGUAUCGCCACUGGUGGCGGCAGUUUUCACACACUUGGCGGCAUUUUGCUUUUACAGUUCCACUGAUGGGUUACAUCCAAGGUAAAAGACACACAUAUUACUGUGGCUCGUACACCCUUGUAAACACACAUGAAGUAGCGGUCAUGUCAGGGUUUGCCGCAGCUUAUCGUAUCGGUGCCCCAUAUCCAUUUGAUCACGAUGCGCUGGCCAGGAAACAAUUUGAUCACUACCUAAUGGUAAUACAUGGACGACCAAGAAAAGUUGGACCAAAUAUGGACACAGUGAAAGCAGGAUUUCUCGGCUUGUUUAUGGGAAUCUUCACAGUGUUCUCGUUACUGGCACGAGUGUUCGUGGACUGGUACACCAGUGAUGAUAAACCUAGGAGGGGUUAUGGAAAGGCAGUUUACAAUGGACUAGAAGGUUGGCCAAAGGAAUGAAGCUCAGAAAUCAUUGAAACGAUACAAUGUCUGUGAUAUUAUAAGACAUUAAAUGUUAAAUUAAUAAUUGGCACAGUGGAUGCAAGAAUUUUCAGACAGUAAUGAUAAUUGAGCCGUGCCAUGAGAAAUCCAACAUAAUGCAUUUGCGACUAGCAUGGAUCCAGACCAGCCUGCGCAUAUGCGCCUUCUGGUCAGGAUCCAUGCUGUUUGCUUUCAAAGCCUAUUGCAACUAGGGAAACCGUUAGUGAACAGCAUGAAUCCUGACCAGACUGCGCGGAUGUGCAGGCUGGUCUGGAUCCAUGCUGGUCGCAAACCCACUAUAUUGGUUUUCUCGUGGCGUGGCUCAUAUGUUUGAUCCAGUUAGACAUGUUUUUAUAUACUUGUUUAGUUUCUGAAUUUGAUAAAUCUGAUGAAGUACUGGACCAGUGUGUUCUUACAUUAUAAAAUAACCUCAUUUUGUGAUCUCGGAACUUGACUCGUCACUGAUUUGAUUUGAUUGAUGUGAUUGAAAACUGUAUCACUUGAUGUCAGCAUUGCUCUUUUUCUUUAUUGUCUUAUUCACUUACUUACUUUAUUUUUGAAGACUGUUUCGUCAGUACUAGUUAUUGUUUAUUGCAACUGAAUUAAUAAUUACUGGACCUGAUGUGCAUUAUAUACAAUGUAGUUCUAUUUAAUAAAAAAAUAUAGGAUAAAAUACAUUCAAAUUCUACUGUUGUUAUCAUAUAGAUUAUUGUUCCAUUUAGUGAUAGAAAUAAAUAGAAAAUUUCUC